AUGAUGCAGGCUUUAAUGGAUAUAAGAACAAAGCUACCCUAAAAGAUUUAUGUUUAAAUCAUAUAAAGAAUUGCUUUGUAGGCUAAUAAAAGAAUACUUGGAGGCUCAUAGUAAGCACUAACUGAUAAGGAAGUCUAGGAUUUUCAAAGGCUUAAAAAUUAAGUAGAGUAUGAAAUUGUCCCUGAAAUUGAACAAUACAUUCACAGUAUCUCAAAGAAUAUUAAGAAAAUCAUAUAAGUAGGAGGGACUUCAGGAGACAGCAAUUAGACUCUAUCUGAAUAACUUAAACAACUCAAAGUAUCUAUUGAUAUAUAAAAUACCAUUAGGUUGAGACAGAAGAACUAAAACUAAAAGUUGCUAAGCACAAAGCUGAGAAAUAGAAAAGAGUUUGGGAGAAUUAAGAUUUGGAUAUAUAGAUAAAAGACUUAGUUGAAAAAGUUGGGAGAGGCUAUGAAAAAAGAGACACUCUCAAUCAAUGAUAACAUAAUCUACUUGUAUAAUGGCGAUCCAUUGUAUGAAUUUUGUAUCCAGGCUAUACCCUGCUACUUAUUCUUUAUCGCCUUUGCAAUUAGAUAUAUGGCAAUAAAGGACCUUGGGUUCCCGAAGAGAUUAUCAUUUGGCUAUUUACUAAUUCUGAAAUUAGUGUUGACUAUGGGAAUAAUGCUUGUGAGACUUCUCUAGAUUUUAGCGGCUUUUUAAAAGGAGGAGUAUUGGCUUUCUCAUGCGCCAUUUUAUUCUUUACUAUAUAUCCAGUUUAUUGCAGCACAUGGACUUUCCUUGUACCUUCUAGUUUUAUAGCAUUUGAAGCGAUUACCCGAGGUAUGUUAUUGCUAAAAUCUAUUCUGGGGAAUGAGCUUGGCUGCUUCUAUUAUAUUUAUUAAAGUCCAGGCUGAUAAUCUCUCCAUAAUGUUUGAUGUUUCUCUGAUUAUGCUUAAGACUAUCCUAUUUAUGGUUGGUUUUAUCAAGCGAAGGACCUAUGUAGAUUUUUCAAAUUCAUCUAGACCAUUAAUUAGAGAAGAUGAAUGGGCAAUGAGUGGUAUUGGCUAUUCUGAAUUAUCUAUUCUGAGCAAAAAAACAGGUACAAUUGCUAAAAUUAACGACAAAAGUAUCGAUUUUAAAUUUAGAACAAAGCUUGUAAGUUACUAGGGUACUAUCUUAUUCGAAUUCAGAGUAUUUCUUCCAAGGUAUUUGUAUGGGGGAACUAAUGAUUUAGAGUAAGCACUUGGGUCUGAUUAUCUAGGAGCAGGAUAGUAUAUACUUAAGAAAAGCUUAACUGACUUUUUCACUUUAAGUUCUCAUAUCAAUAAUAAAUUUGGGAGAGAUGCCCCCAAGUUAGAUUCAUAAAUUUUUAGAAAUAGAUUAAGAGGUGAUCAAACUAAAAUAAUGACCAAGAGUAUUAAAAUUUUCGAGGACUAUAUGAAAAAGCUAGGAAAAAAUUAUAUAUUUUGGGAUGAGAUUUUUCUGAGAUUCCUGAAAAUUUAUGAUUCUAGACUUUAGAAACGACUAAACGGCUAUUCUGUGAAUUCCAAAGAUAAGGAAUAAGAUAAUUAGGAUUAAAUUAGCAGGCUAUACCAAAGCAUAUCAGUCAUUGAUAACUAUGAAGGAGACCAAAAGGAUGAUAAAAACUUGCUAAUACAAACCUAGAAUGAAAUAUUUACAAUUGCUCAUCGAAAUACAUUCGCUGAUAUCUUUUUCAAACUUAUUGAUAUCGAUUUUGAGAGAGUAAAACUUAAAAUUAAAAUCUAAGAAUCAGAAUGGCAAAUCACCAGAAGAAGAGAUUAAUGGAAUGAAAUUCUUAAAUUAUCUGGGCAUUGCUCGGAUAUUGAGUAACUUAGCAGAGAAGUUAAUGAUAAAGGACCAAGUAUUGAACUACUAUUCUUUAUUGAUUACUUUAGUAACAUGAAUAAAUCUCAAGUCGAUUAUGCCCAUCAUCUGUUUCAAACAAACGGCUAUUAGCUUUAGUCAGUUAUCAUCUUGAAUUCAAAGUUUGAGGUAGAUGAACUGGGUCAGAGUGUCCAGAGAUUUGACUUAGCUUUUAACAUUAUGAUAAUCAGUAUGCAAAGGUUUGAAUUGCUAUACUUAAAUAAGUCAUUCAAAGACAUUAAGAAAUUUGUUAAGCAAGUAAGAUCUGAGAUGAAAUUUGAUGAUUGCAAGCUUGAAUUUCCAAUCAGAGGACAAAGUUUCGUCAGGUCAAUUCAAGAACAGACUAGAGUUGUUACCUAUCUUGUUGAGUUGUUUAAUGAUCAAGAUGUUAGACAACUUGACACUUCUAUUUAGUUCCUUUCAGAUAUUGAGAAUCAAUAUGACAAGGUUUAUUACAGGCAUACUAACACAGGGGGAAUGAGUGGCCACCUGAUUUAGGAUUUAAGACAAAGUUUUCAUAUCAGUGACUUAAAUGAUAUGAGUCAAACAAUUCAAGGAUUUAUGAUGUCUAGGGAGGACAGUGAUCUCCUCGAUAACAACUAUGACAUGAUGCUUGAAGAUGAUUAUGAGGAUACACCCAAAUAUAAGUAUGCAAUGCUUCAAGACGAUAUAUGA